AUAACAAAAAGUAAUGGCCAUCUAUUUGAGACCUGAAGAAGCAGGUUUAGCGUAAUUUUCGUCGGAUUACCGCAUCUGUGUUUGGUUUCGCUGCGUGCUAGCGCGCGCUUUCCUGUGUUUGAAGCAGUAAGUUGCGUUUUCCGUCGGAUUUUUGCGGUUCCUUGCGGCGGACCGCUCAGUAAGCAGGCUGAACUCGGUGUCGCGUUUAGGGUUAAAGCAGCCAGGCUAGCCACGCUAACGCUAGCUACUACAACCGAUGCUGUGUGUACGUGUGUGUGAGAGAGAGAGCGCGCAAGCAAGGGCCAUGAAGCGGACUCACUUUGCCAGAGCGUGAAGGCAGCACCGACCAAAGAGGAUUAAAAAGGUGCUCCACAUCGAUGGGGAAAAGUUAAGCAGAGGAUUAACAGCCCUGGAUAAACCCAAGAACGGUUUCAAGUCUCACCUAUUGCGCAAAGGCAUGCUAAACCCCCAGUAAUGGAGCCCACUGUUGUGAGUACGUCCACUCUCGCUGCUGAUGAGUUUGACAGGAACGUCCCGCGGAUCUGUGGCGUGUGUGGGGACAAAGCCACUGGUUUCCACUUCAACGCCAUGACCUGUGAAGGAUGCAAGGGCUUUUUCAGACGCAGCAUGAAGCGCAAGGCCUCCUUUACGUGUCCUUUCAACGGCAGUUGCACCAUCACCAAGGACAACAGGCGUCACUGCCAGGCCUGCCGGCUCAAACGCUGCGUGGACAUUGGAAUGAUGAAAGAGUUCAUUCUGACAGAUGAGGAAGUGCAGAGGAAGAAGGACCUGAUUCAGCGGAGGAAGGAGGAGGAGGCGCAGCGUGAGGCAGAGAGGGAGGCCCGCCGGCCUAAGCUCACCGACGAACAGAGUCAAACCAUCACCACUCUGGUGGAGGCGCACCACAAGACAUAUGACGACUCUUACUCCGACUUCUGCCGCUUUAGGCCUCCAGUGCGUGACGGCCCCGUGACGCGAAGUGCCAGCAGAGCCGCCUCCCUCCAUUCCCUCUCUGAUGCUUCCUCCGACUCCUUCAGUCACUCUCCAGAAUCCGUUGACACAAAAAUGAAUUUCAACAAUCUGCUGCUGAUGUACCACGAACAGGGCAGUAGCCCUGACUCCAGCGAGGAGGAGGGAUCCAGCUUUUCUAUGCUGCCCCACCUGGCUGACCUGGUCUCCUACAGCAUCCAGAAGGUCAUCGGCUUUGCCAAAAUGAUCCCAGGAUUCAGGGAGCUGACUGCAGAGGACCAGAUUGCUCUGCUGAAGUCCAGUGCCAUUGAGGUGAUCAUGCUGCGUUCAAAUCAGAGCUUCAACUUGGAAGACAUGUCCUGGAGCUGCGGAGCACCUGACUUCAAAUACCAGAUCAGCGACGUCACCAAAGCGGGUCACACUCUGGAUCUGCUGGAGCCGCUGGUGAAGUUCCAGGUGGGCCUGAAGAAGCUGAACCUGGAGGAAGAAGAGCAUGUCUUGCUGAUGGCCAUCUGUUUGCUGUCUCCAGAUCGCCCCGGCGUGCAAGACCACGCACGCAUCGAAGCCCUCCAGGACCGCCUGUCUGAGACCCUGCAGGCCUACAUCCAGCUUCACCACCCCGGGGGGCGGCUGCGGUACGCCAAGAUGAUCCAGAAGCUGGCCGACCUGCGCAGCCUGAACGAGGAGCACUCCAAGCAGUACCGCCUACUGUCCUUCCAGCCCGAGCACAGCAUGCAGCUCACCCCGCUGGUGUUGGAGGUCUUCGGCAGCGAGGUCUCCUAGAAGCCCGGAAAGCCGGAGACGAGGAGUUAUGGGAGCCGAGAAUGUGCAGAGGGACUCAAAGCAGGUGUGAAGAUAUGCAGGAAAGCGCAGCGUAUGUGUGCGCGCGAGUGUGUCCGUGGCUUCUUUACGUAACAUUUAAAGAACCCAAGGUGGCGUGGAGAGCAAGCCGACGUUUAACACAGUAAACAAGGGAAUGUCAUAUAGUACAAAUUAAGCUAUCUGUUGAACAUCUACCUAUAAAUAUAUACAGUGUUUUUAUAAGUAUUUAACUACAAAAACAGCUGCUUUAAACACCUGGACAUUUGCAACACAACAAACAUUCUCAGAUGUUAAGUUAGCCAUUCAGUUCAGCUACCUCUUGGUUUUACUGGGGUUGUUUUCUACGUACAUCACCUAUGUGAAACAGUGACUGUUCACCAGAACAGUGACGAUACCGCACAGCUUACAGUUCAGUUUACCAGUGCAAAAGCGGUGCCUGCAGAUGAAGUUUUCCUCAUUGUUGUUUUUUUUGUAUCUGCUUCUCUCCGAUGCACCCUAUGUAAAUGACUGUGUACAAUUCAUGCCUUCCACCUUUCACCAAAGGUAUGGUCAGCUACUUUAUAUAUAUAUAUAAUGAGAAAAAGGUUUCUAGUACCUAAAAAUAACCUUGCUGCUCCAUGGCUCGCAUCACACGCGCUGCCACUCGUCAUCUGACCGGCCUCACAGCCUAUGAAGGAAAAUAUGGUUGUAUAGAUUUUUUACUGCUUAAUACAGAGCGUAGUCUGUAACCUAGUGAGGUUUUAUAGGACUUUAGUGUGCCUGACUUUGAGGUGAGAAUUAGCCACUAAAUGUGUUAGCUACUUUUACACUGCUAGUAAUCAAUCAAACAAAGCCAGCAUUAUGGCUCCUUAUUCUAUCUUUUUUUUUUUCCUUCUACUUGGUUUCCAUGUUAAUAAUGUAUCUUAAGCACUGUUAAGCCACCCUUUAGUUAACCCUAUGUAUCUAUAUUAUCACAGAUUUUUAAAGGGCUAAAAUGCCAAAACUAACUGGAAUAGUCAAAUUGAGGCCAAAGCAAGAGGCCAGUCUUCUUGUUGAUGUACAGCUGCAUACCAUACUCGGCAUAGAAACGGACAUAUGAGCAAUACAUUCUCUUUUUGUUGUUUUUAUACGUCAUUUUACCUUAAAAAAAAAAAACAAUUCCAUGAAUUGUUCCUCCUCAGAAUACAGUGAGCUCAGCGGGCAGAGAGCUUGGGAAGCUGCUUCAGACCUCCACAAAUAUCACACCCUUUCGUUUCUGACGGGGAAGUGGAUUUUCUAGAAUGUCUUGAGGGCCCGGCUGUGGUGGUGGUGGUCCACACCCAGGCCCUCCUGUUUGAUGAUGUAUGCUGCGCAGCCCUCUAGUGGCUGAAACUGUAAAUAUUAUUUACUAAACGUAUGUGCGCUCACCUCUUGCUUUAGUAGGUACACCUGUUAGGAAGGUCCCGUUUUUACUGAGAUCCACCUGCUGCUGAAGUUGUUCUGAAGUGUUUUUUUUAUUAGGAGGUGGCUCUGGCGUGUUGGUUACCUGUUAAUAUUCUGGCUCUCGGUACCACUCCACCAUCAGGAUCUCAGUCCAGCAGAAAUGAUAGAAUCAUCACCUCAACUCAAAACGUUUCCCAGCAGAGCUACUGUAUUGGAAUGCAUUAUGGAGAUGUACCUUUUAAAGCGGUGUGUGACUGUCGACUUACAUAUAUAUAUAUAGAUCUCUAUACUAAGCCUGCUGCUGUACAUAGGGCUACAUAGAUUCUCUCUUUUUUUAAUUCUGAAAGAUAUAUGCAAAAAUAACUGACCCUUCUCAGUUUCACUUUGUUCUCAAACACUCUCUGUUCUGAAACCAUGUUUGUCUGUAAAAACUUUUAUUUUCCCUGGGGUGGGGGGGGCAGGCACCCACUUUAAGAAAAGCUAUGAGCACCCAGACAGCUCGCUGUUUUUUUUUUAAGUUCAUUAUCGUCGGAACUGGUGAUAGUGCGGGAAUCGUCUUCGUUUGGGAGAAAUGCACGCACUCCCCCUUUAAAGGGUCCUGCUGGGAGUGAACUUUAGAAGCUUGAGGUGUGUUGGCCUCAUCUCUGGUGGACUCUCUUAAGAAGCUGUUCCACGCAGACAUGAAACCAUCACUUUGAAUUAUUCAGGAGCAAAUCAAGUGUUUCUGACUGAAGUCAAACCAUAAUUAUAAAUGUUAUCGCCACACCGCACUUUGAUAUUUGGAGGAUUUUAUUCCACAAUCAGCUAUCAGUAUCUCACUAAAGUAAUAUGAAUGUACUGAGUUUCACUAUUUUCAUUUAGCCCCGCCCCCCUCAGCAGAUGCAGGACGGCUGCUCUGUUUGCUUAUUUUUCAUGUUUUGUUUCAGAAAGAGACCGAUCUUCUUAUCUAUAAGCCAUAAACUCAAGUUCUUCUUCCGGCUUGGAUUUGAAAAUUCACUAACUCUGCUUUAGGGAAACGGACCUCUAGAUCAGGCGUCUCCAGCCCUGUUCAGUAAUUGCUGAUCAGCCCAGUUUCUGAUUAACUGAACUCCCCUGAUGCAGGUGAGCAGUAAUUACUCCAAAACCUGGUUGGAGACCCUAAAACCUGCCUCCUCCCUGCUGCCGGUCCUCUCUGACCUGCCCCCUCUUGGCUGAAUUGGUUCAGUCUGCGUGAUGCAGAUUUUAUUUUAAAAUCCUUCCCAUUAAAUUAUAACUCUGCACAAAUGAAUCCUAAAGACGUUCCUCCUUUACAAUGAACUUUAGAGGUCUUUAGGACCGCCCCGUGUCGGAUGGGAGGAGGAUUACUGAACGCCAAGUUUAUUUCCCGCCGCUUCUUUUCUGCCUGUGCAUUGUAGAUAGUUUUCCUUGAGGUGUUCAUUUGAUAUCCAAGUGCCACAGGGAGACUUCCCUCCAUGCAGGAACAGGGUAACACACGAGUUCUUGUGGAUUUGAUGGUCGUACAGGAAAGUUCUCCGGGUUGUGUCACGGCCUCCCAAAAACUUUUUUAUUUUUGUCUCCAUCUAUCGGAUUUGAUUUGCAAACACAGGAAAUGUGAAUAUGAAAUGAUUUGGUAGGCUGCUCAGAAUCUGUAUAAAUACCCCAUUAGAACGGCAGUUUAGCACAGUGACAAUGCCUACAAUAUACAGUACACACUAUCACCAGCAAGCUUUACUAUAACUCAUGUUCUUACAUUUUUGGAUGAUUUUUGUAGCACACCUAUUCUUACGAAACCUCUCUGUAAAACAUGUACAGUUUAAUAUUUGCUGAGAACUUUCGGCCAUCUCUCACGCGAAGGAUUUCCAGCCUUUCGCUUUUUAUUUUUUAUUGUUCGCGCUUUCCUUCCGGACAGGCAUUGUGAUGGAAUCAACUUAACGUAGUUCAUAGGAGCGUCCACGAUGGACGUUCUACAGAAAACCAACAAAACAAACAAACAAAAAAAAAA